GUUUCCAUGAAAGAAAGGCCUUAGCUAUUACCUCCACUUAUAGCCUUGAACUAUACAUACAUACUUUGUUCUCCUCUCAUCCUGUACUACCAAUCGAGAGAGACAGAUAUGGAGACUUCCCAACCUCUCUCCAUUGAGAGCUUUUCAUAUAGUUGGUUAGUAAACUUAAAGCCGUCUUUUGAUAGCCUUGAAGACUCGUUCAGAGCCUCCCUUGAUGCAUCCGAUGAAGCUUCCUUCAUUGAGAUGGAUCCAAAACUAACUCCCUCAAAGAGAUUCUUUAAAGUUUCUCAGGAUUUCAAUUUUGAUUUUCCCAUAUCACAAUCUCCUCUGACUCUUGUUCAUGCUGAUGAACUCAUCUCCAAUGGCUUUCUUAUGCCUCUUUUUGUCAAACCACUAAAGAUGGAAGCUUAUGAUGCCUUAAAUUCGACUCCGUCUACGCCUGUCUCUUCAGAUUCCCAGAAAAAUGUGCAUACAGCCAGUAAGGUUCGCUGUUCAUCAUUGAGAAGGUGUCGUCGAUUAUCAAAGCAAAUCUUUCAGAAAUAUUUGGAUUUUCUUAGGCUACUGUGUCAAAGAAUACAAGGGCGAAAAUCAGGUUCGAGAGCUGGAACUAUUGAUGCAAGAAUGCAGGAAGUUGAGAACUGGGAAUACUCACCUGCAACAUCUCCCCGGACCAGUGAAGCAUAUCCUGCUGAUAAUUGGCGCAGCUCUUGUGAUUCUGAGAGCUCAAUUUAUGAGGCCGUUCUCCAUUGCAAAAAAACCAUUGGUAAAUAGAUGAUGCUGUUGCACAGAAGAGAACAAAGAGAAAAGCCAGAGGAAAAGAAAUGAGGUCUCAAGAAGAUCAUCAGUCACUUGUAAAUAUGUCUGAUCGAGAGAGAGUAGAAAUUGAGUAUGGCAAAAUUUCUCCGUCGCUAGAGAAAAAUUUCCAACUAGGGGGAAUCUCUCCCUUGUUUUGUGAAGUUUAUUAUUUAAUGGAAUCAGAAUUAUUUGAUUGUUGAAUGUUUCCAUACUUGAACAGAUGUAGUCUAAUUAUGAAACACUUGGUGCAUGAUGAAAAUGGGUGGAAAGAGUUACAGAUUUUUUUGUUCUUCGUAAGGAUUAGAAAUGCACUCAUCUUCAAACA